ACACCGAAUCGCUUCUCUCUCUAGUCUUUCUUGCCUUUCUCUCUCCUUCCUUCCCCGCCAGGUCCGCCACUUCCCGCGGCGGCGAACACCUCCACCCACGCCUUUGACUAGACAAUGCCAGCACAAAAGCGUUCACAGGAGACUCCUCCUCCGCCUCCACCUCCGACUCUGCCUCCUCCUGCGUCUCCACCUCCUGCACUGCAGCAGCAGCCGCCUGAGGAUAAAGACGAUGAUUCGCUCCAACGUAACCAGAACGACAACGGCGAACAAGCCGAUGACGCUGACGCAGAUUCCGAUGGAAGUGCAUCGUCGAGUGACGGGGAAAAGGACGAAUUUAUCAUCGUGAAAUUGUCAGAGAUACGGAAGGAAGUCCAGUGUCCGAUAUGCUUGGGCAUCAUUCGGAAGACAAGAACAGUUAUGGAAUGCCUUCAUCGCUUUUGCAGAGAAUGCAUUGACAAGUCAAUGCGACUUGGGAACAACGAGUGCCCAGCUUGUCGCACGCAUUGUGCUAGUCGACGUUCUUUGAGGGAUGAUCCAAAAUAUGAUGCUCUCAUUGCUGCUCUAUAUCCAGAUAUAGAUAAAUAUGAGGAGGAGCAGGAAUUGGCUUUCCAUGAAGAGGAGAAAGCUCGUAAUAAGCAAAUACAAGCUUCAAUUGCCCAGACUUUUCGCCGACAGACAGAAGCACUGGGAAGAAAAAGAUCAGCUAGGGCUGCAGCAAGGAGAUCUCAUGGCAGUUACCGAAAUGUGAGGGGAAGGAGAAAUCUUCGAACUUCUGAACAUCAGGGAUCUGACGAAGAUGAUGAUGCUAAUGGAAUUUAUGGUGGAAAAGAUUCAUCUUCUGCUGAUGAGCGCAGUCCAGAAGUGAAACCAAAAAGACAAAAAAGAUGGGGAGGUGCUCGUUUUUCACAGUCUUCUGCGGCAGCCAAUUCUGAUGCAGGGUACGAUGAGAAUGAUUCAGAAGUAAACAGAGAGCUGCUUGGUGCUUCUGCUGGACUGAUUGGCGGCACAGAAAUUCUUGCAUGGGGAAAAGGUGGCAUGCGCAGUCAUACCCGACAUGGUGGUUUUAGUGGUGGCAAUGGCAAGUUUGCUAGAAACAGCCGACUUUCAAAGCUGAUGGACUCUUUACGUUGUUCAGAUGUAAAGAAUGAGGAGUUGGAUGUCAGUCUUGAGCUUGUUGCCAUGGAUAAAGAAGAAAUACCCAAUUUGCAGAGGCCUUACCUUAGUUGUAAGCCUACUUUGUCAGUGAGACACUUGUGCCAAUAUGUUGCUCUCCAAACUUCUAUGCAAGCUGAGGAAAUUGAAAUUUGGUGGAAAAGAGAACUUAAAAAGGGGUUUCCCUCAAAACACAACAAUGAAGCCCCUAGUGCAUCUGCUUUUCUUGAUCAGUCUGAAAAUACGGAAAGGUUGGAAGAGCAUCAGACCCUGGGUGACAUUCGAACUAUUUACAGUUCCAGUCAGUGCAAUUUGGUUUUGGCAUAUAGGCGGAAGUAGAAGGGUUUAGGAAAGAUGUAUACAGAUAUAGUGCUUAAGGGAACUCUAAUUUAGUUCAGAAACUGGGAAGCUCUUGUAUGUAUGGCCCUUUUGAGUGGAUUGUUCUCAGUAGCCGAAGAAUGCAUAGAUAAAGUUUCAACGACAAUUAUACAUAAUCUUGUUUAUGAUUUUGUACUUGUCUGAGUUAUUGGAGAUGCUUGUUAUUCUUUUUG